GUUUGCAGUGGCGCAAGCUGUUAUCUGGCCCUGUUUUGCACAAUAGGGGCACCAGAGGGGUGGCCAACUUUAAGUUCGGGAUGGCACUAUACGUAUACGCCCCUGCAGCCUUGUGGCUUUGAAUAAGAUGAAACACAUCAACAGAAACUUCCUGUAUAUUACAUUUGUCAAGCUCCUUCUCAGUGGUUUUUCACUUGAGUCCAUAAACUACACACGCAAAGACACAUUGUAACAGCAAAGAGGCAACAACAACAAAUCUCAUUUCAGGUAACAUCCAAAACCUUUGCUAGAAUGUCCAGCCAGGUGAUCUCAGUUGACAACGCUACAGUCGUCAUCCAAGUAAAUCCACAGAUAGGCCAAGAAAGUGCUGCAGGACAAGAUAAGAGAAGAACUUAUUACAAUACACCCCUUCAAAGAUUUCUUGUAGGACAACCAAAGGCACUGGGGACCGUGCAGAUUAUGAUUGGAGUGGUGACCCUGCUGACUGGUAUUGUGCUCGGCAUUAAUGUCCCACACUUCCUUUUAACUGUCAUCAGUGGCAUAAACUUCUGGGGAUCCAUCAUUUACAUUAUUACUGGAUCUCUGUCUGUUGCUGCAGAAAACAAACUUCAAUCCUGUGUGGUAAAAGGGUCACUUGGAAUGAAUGUGGUCAGUACCAUAACCGCAGGUGUAGCUAUUAUUCUGAUGUCCAUGCAACUUCAUUUUUUGCAAUAUUGUCGAGAUUACAGACAUUAUGAUUCGGAUUCAUGUUUCAACAUUCAGGUUUUAGGUGGUGGGAUCCUUGCAAUGUUGCUGUUGUUCUCCAUCCUUCAGUUCAUCCUCUCCAUCACCAUCUCAGGUUUUGCCUGCAAAGCCACCUGUGAUACAAACUAUUCAGUGGCCACCUUUCAUUAAACCAGAGGGUUUCAGAGAAAGAAACAUUAAUACCAAGAAGAAAUUGAAAGAGAGGAAAGAAAUCACUUAAGAUUACAUUGUGGUAAAAAAGGUCAGAGGCCUUUUCUAAAGAUGAUAAUAGUUAACAAAGUUAAAAUUGCUAAUGUUGAAUUUUAGUGGACUAAUAAAUAUAAUUACCCAUGGAGUUCCAAAACUUAAUUUCUAGAAUUCAUUUCACAUCAUGUAUUAUCAUGUUUUUGUGUUCUUGUUGUUCACUCAUUCUUGAGAGUCGGGACAAAACAUUUCCUACAUAGAAAAGUAUAUUUACGUAAAAAAAAAAAAUGAAUUGUAUGAUAAAUAAAAGACAUCAAUUCAAAUAUAAUGGUACUUUGUAAAUCAUUGUUAAUAAUUUUAUAUAUCUUUCAGUUGUAAUUGAAUAUGUCAAACAUUUAUUUAUGUUGAUCUGUAGUUAGAAAGUAUAUGAGGAGUUAAGAUACAAAACCCUAAAUGCAUCUCACAUGUUUUCUUGUAAAUUAGCAUAUUUUAUGUUUAGUUUCAGUCAAUUCACUUUAAUGCCAUUGAAAAGGUUAAUAGUCAGUAAUUGAAGUGCCUUAUUUUCACAAUGUCACUUUUGUCUUUAGCUGCAAAAUCCUCCAAAACGUCCACUUCCAUGUCUUUGGACAAGCCAAUUGCAAAAUCACUAAAGAUGCAACCUUGAAACAUUGCAAAUGAUGAAAGUCAGUGCAAAAAUAAAGAAACUGAACCACACAUUAGGUUGUGCUGUGGUCCAUGUGACUGCUAAAUACAGGUUGUAAUCUGGCAUAUAUUAGGAACAUACAUGAUUUCCAAGAUAUUUUAUGGUUUUAUUCAAACACAAGUCUACAUUUGUGUCUGAUUUACAUUUGUAACCUUGUAUAAUUUGCAUAAAGAAAUAGAAACCAUUACAGAAAUGUUUUUAUUAAACAUGGAUUCCAUAACAUUAGAACAUUAGAAAUUGGCUGUUUGUUUGUUUGUUCUUAGCGCAAUUCCAGCAUCCAUAUAUUCCAGCAUCCUGGAUAUUCCUAGUCUAAGCAGAGAAGUUCUGGCAAAGCACUUUAAUGUGGACCUAUAGCAACUUAUUAUUGAAUUGAAGGCCGUAGCCAGGAUUUUUCUUUCUUCUGAAAGAAAGAUGCUCUGCCUUUCUUCGAGUACUGGUUUCUGCAUUCAUAUAAUGCUGGGUCAUUGGCUGCAAAGCUUGAGCCUUUGGACACAGUGAGAGACUAGAUCAGACUUGCCACAUAUAUUUGUAGAGACUCUUUCUUCAUGGGCAUUACAUAAUGUGUAAGUUGCACGUUACAUAAAAUUCCUGCCUUUCACCUCAACAAUGGAAAAGUAGUGCUUAUUAUACUUUGUGUCUGCGACCGCUACCUUUGAGCUCGUAGUACUUGCCAUCACUCUGUUGUUGAGGGUGUGUGUGACUCGGACUGACUGCAGCGCGAGGACCGGGCUGCCUGGAGUGGCUAGCAGCAGCACCCGCUGCUCGUUGAGAAGAGAGAAAAAUGCAUGCUUUCACCUCAGUCUCCAAAAGUCUCCAGGCACACCAGAAAAGAUUGCUAGAUUUGUCCCAUUUGUUUUUUUAAAUGAAGUCGCUAAAGGGGUCUAGAAAGUUGGUAAAUCCAGCGACAAUGUUAGCAACACUGCUCUGACUUUUUUUACACUGUUUAAACUGCUCGGACUGAAAAUCUAGUUUGACCUGUACCAAGUGAUACUAAAGAACACCUGGUCAAACUAGAUUUUGGGAGUUUUCUCAAGGGGUGUAUAAAAGGUGGCCUGGCUAAAUGUUCUGGGAGCCAUUCUGUACCCAGAAGCUUCCACAAUCUGUGUGUAUUCAAACCUUAUGGAGGCAUUCUGUAACCAGGAGCUCCCACACUUUGUGUGUGUAUUAAAACAUCAUGGAAGAAAUAUUCCUAGACCACUUUGUAUGUCUUUAAUUGCCAGGUAUGCUUUGUAUUUUGUGAAAUGUUCAUUUUUCUAUGCUGAUCUUUUAGUGAAUGUUUUGAUAAUUUUUUGAUGGAUUUGAAUUACCAAAUUAUUGAUUUAAGUGUAACCUGCCUGGCAAAAUAAAUUGUUAAUCUUUA